GAAGAAGCUGUACAGUAGUGGAGAUUCUCUGGUUCUACAGCUGGAGUGUUUUUGGGGGGUUUGGUUCCACAUCUCUGGAGGAACAGGAUCAGCUGAUCUAUAGAAGAAAGAAUGCCAUCAUGAUCCAAGUCUUCUCUUGCUCCUUGUGUCGACUUUCCUACCUGGAUGAAGUUUAUCUCUGCAAACAACUAAUCAAGAGAUUUCAUGAAGAUCAGUGUUAAAAUAUCUUAAGCCCAAGGCACCCAGGAGAAGCUCCAGUACCAUUAUCUAGCUGUUGGCUACAUCUCAUGACAAAUGAAGUCAAACCUUGAAAAGGAGAAAGCCCACCACUGCUUAGAAUGUGGGAAAAGUUUUACUAAACAGAGUACUCUUAAAACACACCAGCGCAUUCACACUGGAAAUAAACUGUAUUCCUGCUCCGAUUGCGGGAAGAGUUUUUAUCAACAGUGUGAUCUCAAAAUACACCAGCGCAUUCACACCGGAGAGAAACCAUAUCACUGCUCAGACUGUGAGAAGAGUUUUAAAACACAGGGAAAUCUCAACACACACCAGCGCAUUCACACUGGAAAGAAACCGUAUCACUGUUCAGAAUGUGGGAAGAGUUUUAAAACACAGGGAAAUCUCAACACCCACCAGCGCAUUCACACUGGAGAGAAACCAUAUCGCUGCUUAGACUGUGAGAAGGGUUUUAAUCAACUAUGUGAUCUUAAAACGCACCAGCGUAUUCACACUGGAGAGAAACCGUAUCACUGUUCAGACUGCGGAAAGAGUUUUACCCAACUGGGUCAUUUCAACACACACCAGCGCAGUCACACUGGAGAGAAACCGUAUUACUGCUCAGAGUGCGGGAAGAGAUUUAAAGAACUGAAUCAUCUCAAAACACACCAGCGCAUUCACACUGGAGAAAAACCGUAUCACUGCUCAGAAUGCGGGAAGAGUUUUACGACGCAAGGUGAUCUUAAAAACCACCUGCGCAUUCAUACAGGGGAGAAACCGUAUCACUGCUUGGACUGCGGGAAGUGUUUUACCAUACAAAGUGAUCUUAAAAAACACCAGCGCAUUCACACUGGAGAGAAACCGUAUCACUGCCCAGAAUGUGAGAACCGCUUUAUGCGUUUAGAUAGAUUUAAGAAACACAAGUGCAUUAGAGCAGUCACAGAAAUGGGCAAUAACACUACUUCAACCAUGCCAAGUUCUGAAGUAGAUAUUAAAGUAGAGGGCAAUUGAAAAACACACACCAUAACACUAUUACUAUUAUUAUUGAUUGUUUUACAAAUGUACUAUUGUGAAUGUGAAACUCAUAUAUUAUAAAGAUGUAUUACACACAGAGUGAUCUAUUUCAGGCCUUUAUUUAUUUUAUUGUUGAUGAUUAUGAAGCUUACAGCCAAUAAAAACCCAAAAAUCAGUGUCUCAGAAAAUUAGAAUAUUAUAUAAGACUGUCAUGGCUCUCCAAACCACUGUGUUUUAUUAUCAAGUCUAAAGUCAGUGCAGUUUUGUUUUCUCAGAAAAUCUUACAGCACUUCAUGCUUCCCUCGGCUGAAAACAACUUUUAUGGAGAUGCAGAUUUCAUUUUCCAGCAGGACUUGGCACACUGCCCACAAAGAACUGACAUUUUUUAAAGUUGUGUUGUGAACAUGGUCAGAAGAGUAUAUAUAAUCUCACUGUGCUUUUAGCAUUCUCUCUCUUUCUCUGUGUUUGGAAUGUGUUGAACUGUUAUUGUAAAUUUACUGUACAUUAAUUUUUUCUUUUUUUGUAUCUUCAAUGUUAAAACACGUUUUCAAGUAAGUUUCGUUAUGUUUUUAAUUUUAAACAUGGCCUUUUUGUCUUUUCACUUUUUGAUGUCAAGGACAGGGAGUUUUCAUAUCGUAUAUGAUCAUAUAGUUUGAUCUUAUUCAUGCUGUGGUAAAUAUUCCAACAUGAGUAAUGUGCUCCAAUCUGUCUAAUGAAGGUGAACGGGUCUGCAUACUGUCUGCGUUUGAGCCCGUCAGCGUUUAGUAUAAGAAUUAAGUGUCUUUUAAUUAGGAUUAUGUCAUGUUUCACUGGAAGAGACUCCAAAAUAUCACCAUAAUUCAUUCCAAGUUAAAAAAUAAAAAGAAACCAAUUCACUCUCUAUUUAUUUAUUUUCAUGGACAUUCUAUUACAGAAAAGCAAGCUUUAUUAUUCUCUUUAUAUCUCAUUCCCACGCCUUAAUUAUCUCAUUGUCUCAUAUUAGAAUCUCUUGUUCCCAUGGUUUAAUAUGUCGUGGCCACACAAUUUUUUUUUAAACAAGAUGUCACCUUAGAAGUCCCUGUAGGGAUGUAUCAAUUAUGUUAAGAUUAUUUUUAAGAGUAUUUUCUUUAAUCAUUCAUAGUUUUCAACAUUUUAAAUAAAAUAAAGAACUGAAA